AUGGGCCUUGUCCAUAUUGUGAUGAUCUCGUUUAAAGAACAGGUGACGGCGGAACAGGUGGAAGGCGGGGGUUUCACUCAUGUUUAUGUUACACAAUUUGACAACGAGGAGGAUAGAGAUUAUUAUCUGAGAAAAGAUGCGGCACAUGAGGAGUUUGGGAAGAUUGUGGGACCUUUGUUCAAGUCGGCGCAGGUGAAUGAUUUUGUUCCGGGGGUUUCUGAUGGUCCAUUAUUCAGGAAGGAGUAA